AACUGACUCCGUACAAUCGUUGCUGUCGAGUCUUUCGUUCAGAUCGCCCGAAAAAUACCUUUGAACCGCCUGGAAUAAUUCUUUCGAUUUUUUUCCUACAAAAAACACUGUAAUAUAUUCUUUUCAUUUCAAUACUUAUCGUAACUCUGAAGAAAAAUGCAGGAUUGUUAAACCGAAUAGUAAACUGCGCCAUGCGUUUAGACCCCGUGUAUCUUAUUCCAUCUGUGACCGGAAAUAACAGUACAACAGUAAUCUAGUCACAAUUGCGGAAGUUUUAUUCUUGUUUUCAUUUUUAAAACCAUAAUCACGUCAUAAUUAUGUGGAAAAGUGUAGUUAUUGAAUAUUUCCUCAUAUUUACAACAAUAUUCUGUCAUUGUACAGCCUACGGACAAGAGGAUGAUGAAGGAAUUUACAAAGGUAAAUACCUCGGCAAAUUGAACGCCUAUCAUCAUCAGGUAUCGGGUGACGUUUACGUCGUUGACGAAUACACGUUAUUAAUGACGUCAUUUAGUUACGACGGUAAUGGUGCGGACACCUUCUUCUGGGCUGGCACAACUAACCGACCUGGUCCUCAGGGUUUCAUCGUAGCAGAUGAAUGGGGAAAGACGAACGUACUUGAAAGAUACUUCAACAAAGAAUUUACCCUGACACUGCCUGAUAAGAAAAAAAUAACCGAUAUCAAAUGGUUUGCAAUUUAUGAUCUCUCUAAUCAGAAUACUUUUGGAGAUAUUUACGUACCUGAAGAAUUUGAUCCUCCAAGGCCCCAGAAAAUUUCCCAACUCUCAAAAAGGUCCCACGAGGUGUCAUCGGAGGCUAUUGAAAUCCUAGAUGCUAAAACCAUCAGGAUUCCACAAUUUACUUACGACGGUACCGGAACUGCUUAUUUUUGGGUCGGCGUUGGUCCCCAGCCGUCGAGUAGGGGCGUCAAAGUCCCUGACGACUAUGGAUAUCUGGAUCCACUGAGAAUGUAUAAAAACGAGGAUAUCACCAUUCAGCUACCUGGAGACAUGAAUGUUUUCGGUAUCAACUGGCUCAGCGUCUACGACCUUGAAUCAAAGUCGAAUUUUGGUUCUGUUAUCGUUCCAGAAGGUCUUAACGUGCCACCUUCCUUGGUCAAGGUCACAAAAUACGCGAAUACUUUGCCAAACUGUAUACAGCUGCACAAAAAUUAUCAAAUGGGUUGGGAGAUCUUUGGACCACAGAUAACGAUCCAGUUGACCGGACAAAUCGACGAUGACGAGUACAUGGCUUUUGGACUUUCUGGAUCGGAUGAAAAAAGCAAAAUGGAAGGAGCUGACGUUACUAUUGCCUACGUGGAUGGUGCUCGUGGAUUUGCCAACGAUUACAGUAUAUCAGCUUACGCCCCGUGCGGAAAAGUUCUCGGCCAGUACAAAGGGGUGUGCAAGGACGAAUUGGUCGGAGGACAAGAUAACAAUCAACUUCAUGACAGCUCAAGACAAGAUGGAAUAACUACUGUCCAUUACAGACGAAAUUUGAUAUCAUCUGAUCCUGGCGACAAGGAAUACCCUACCAAUCGUUCGAUUUACGUAGUCUGGGCAUUGGGAAAAUUAGACGAAAAUAAGGAGCCAAAUUUUCACUCCGUUUAUCCCAAAGGAGAUCUAAAACUUCAAUUGCAGCGAGUAGAACCAGAAAAUUCCUGCAUGGAUUUCACAAACAACGAUAAUUCACUACGAGAACCCUGGCAAAAAGCAAGGAUUUUUGAUAGAUCUAUAAGAAUAUUUACGGCAACAAUUGGCCCAUCCGGUGGAAGAAAGGGUUACCAAGGAAUGACGGGUCAGACAUCCACUGGUCUUGCUUGGUACAUAAAUGGUCAAUUAAUUCCUGAAUUAUACCUGCGAAGAGGCCUGACCUACAGUUUCAGGGUCCAAGGUGGGAAUAAUCCUCACAGUACAAAUCUUUAUCACCCUUUCAUUAUUACCGACGAACCUCAUGGUGGUUACGACAGGCUCACCGAUAUCUCUCAGGGUAAAGUACGCGUUUUAGCUGGCGUUGAAUUCACCAGAAGAGGUAGACCCCGGCCGACUGCAGUUGGGCCACUCUGUCUAAGUAAACAUAACGGAAGAGACAGAAGAUUGGACGACGAUUUUCCAUCGUUCAGAAAGUUUAACAGAACAUUGAUACAAGUUUGUGAGCCAGGUGACGCCGGAAUACUCGAAGUUACUCCGAAUUCGACGUGGCCGGAUAUCGUUUAUUACAAUUCAUUCACACACGCUAAUAUGGGAUGGAAAAUUCACGUCGUAGACGCUUACACUACCAGCGGUGCUAUAAUUUUAAAAUUGAGUUGGUUGAGCGGAUUAGCUAUAAUUUUUUUUCGUAUUUUAUAAGCUGAGAUUUGUUAUAGUUAGAGUACUAAAUUCCAAAAGCUACGUGAGGAUACGUCGCUAACUAUUUCAAGGGUUUUGUAAAUAUACAAUAAUAAGUUAUCCCAACUAAUGUAAAUCCCGGUCUACUAAUUCCAAUUACGAAAAAUAACUGUUGUGUGUAUGCGUCUUUUUUUUUGUUUAUACACUGAUGUUAAGCUUCCUCGAUUUUUUUCUUAAAUUAUAUUGUGUACAUAAUUUUUAUUACAAUCAUCACCAACACAGCAUUUUAAGAUCAUGAUAUAUUAUCUAAUCAACUGUCGAAUUUAUUAUUAGUUACUUGAAUGUUACUUAGGUAUUAUAUAUUACACAUAAUAUCUAUAUUCAAUAUAUUUUCAACGUAUUUAUAGUAAAAUAUCAGUGCACUUUUUAUAAGUCGUUUAAUAAUAAUAAUAAUGAUAAUGAUAAUGAUAUUGAUAACGAUAAUACCUAAUACUGUAACGUUAAUCAUUACAAUGUAUAUUUUAACUCAUGAAUAAUUUUUAUUGGCAGCUGCAGCUGACGACACGUAAUUCAUUUAAUAUUAUCACUGAUUUUUUGAAACGACCAAAUCGAUUAACAUCGUUCCAGUGGAUAGUAUUACUGAUAGAAUUGUGUACAUUUUCAAUUAUAGAUUCCACUAAUAUUGCUCGCUACGUUGUACGUGGAUAUUAUAGUACUAUAAAUAGAUGCCACUAUUCUGUUGCCUAGUAAAAUCUCUCCUGAAUGUUAUCAUUCAUUUGAGUUUAAUAUAUAAUGUAGAUGCUAACCAAAAGAAACAAAAUUCUUUUUGAUGAUUUACCAACCAUCUAUAUUGUGCAAACGGAUACUCUGUUGAAUAAAUACUCAUAUAAACCAAAUCAAAUGGCAAGAAUAAUACUAAUAAGAAUAACAAAAAAUCAUAAUAUUAUUAAUGAUAAAAAGUGUGAGUCAUGGAAAAUUGUUAAAAAAUAAAAACUUGCGCAUUGUC